UGCACGGGAGAUAGCAGACGCUCGCUGACGACCAGGAGCUGACAUGACACCGCCGGACGGGACCACCGAGUCUGGGAGGAAGGUGAGGGGCGGCGAGGAGGAGGAGGAGGAGCCUGUGAUGGUGGAGCUGAGCAGGAUGGUGAAGACGAUGAUGAAGGAGAGCAGCUGGUGGGAGAGGAGGGGCCUCGACUGGAGCAUCCUGGCGGUGGCCUUCCUUUGCCUUCCUGUCGCCUUCCUGCUGCUGCGGUCGGCCCACGUGCUGGUCUUCACGUGCGGCCUGCUUCUGAUGGGCGUGGCCCACGCCACCAUCAGCUUCAAGGGCAACCACCUGGCCAGUCACGGCGCGCUGAGCGAGUCGCCGGCGUGGACCGAGGUCUGGGCCGUCUUCUUUAUUGAGGUGUGCGGUGCCUUCUCGGCGCAGGCGGGCGUGCACGCGCACAUCAAGCGCCAUCACGCUCACACCAACAUCAUCGGCCUGGGCGACUCCAGCGCGUGGAAGGUGGCCCGCCUCCCUCGCCUGGUCUACCUCUUCGUGGCGCCACUCGCCCUGCCGCUCCUCACGCCGCUGGUCGCCGUGGCUCACCUGCGAGGACGCCCGCCACUGCUGGCGGCGAGGACGCUGCUGAUGAUCCUGCUGGGCCUGCACGCCCACUACUGGCUGCUGCUGCACCUGUCCGGCUUCCGCACGCCGCUGAGCGCCGCGCUCUGCAUGUUGGCGAGCAGAGCCAUGUUCUCCGUGCCCUUCAUCCACGUCAACAUCUUCCAGCACAUCGGCCUUCCCAUGUUCAGUCAGGACCGCCGACCCAAACGUCACAUCCUGAUGACACAUGGCGUGAUGAACCUGCCCAGGAACUUCCUGCUGGACUGGACCUUCGGACACUCGCUGGUCAGCUGCCACCUGGAACACCACCUCUUCCCUCACCUGUCUGACAACAUGUGUCUCAAGGUGAAGCCGGUGGUGAGCCGCUACCUGAGCGCCAAGAAUCUCCCGUAUCAGCAGGACGGCUACGUUUCCCGCCUAAAGCUUUUCUUCCACAAGUACCAGGAGCUGAUGGUGGAAGCCCCGCCCAUCACAGAGCUGGUUGGCGUGCAGUGAUCGGCGGUAUGGUCACCUGACAUGUUGUAGGACCUCGCCAUCUGUGCGGGCAUUUAAACAUCAAUCAAUGUCUGACUUUCCUGACUGCUCCUGAAUGCAACAUUGGUCAUCAGAAUAAGUAAACAGGAAAAGAAAACGUCA